AUGAGAUACGCAGCAACGCGGCCUGCGCAUAAUUAUGUAUAUGAAUAUUAUAACAGUGAGGGGAAAAUAAAGGAGAAGGUGGAUAUCAAGGUAGUAACCCCCGCCUCCCACACAUUAACCUCCGAAGGGCAAAAUAAAAGAGCAGAACCACUCCAAAUUACAGUGGGUGAUGAUGAUGAUGGUGGUGGUGGUUGUGAUGAUGAUGACGAUGACAAUGCGGAUGCAGCAGCAGAAAGACAGGAAGAAAAAAAGGGAAAAUAA